CGCUCCGACUACGUUUCGGCCCCAAGCCUGAUCGCAGCAAGAAGUACGUGACUAAGAAUCUGUGGUUCAUAGCCACUAGCCCUUGCAAUCAUGUCUGAAAACGAUUAGCUAUUUUUGAGGUUGCUGUAAUACAUAAUGGGGUUAGGUACCCACGGUAUCAGACGUAUCACAGUGUUAAGAACGACAUAAACCAAGGCGAUUGAUCAUUCAUCUCACUUCCUCUUAAACGGAAUAAAAAAACAAUGUCUACAACAGAAAAGCUCAAAUCCCGGUUUCCGGAUCUCAAUUUUGUCAAACCCAUUGAAGUCAAAAACCAUCCUAGAUACAAGCCAUAUAAUGUCGAAUUCAAACCAGAGCAUGUGGUGCUACCCAAAGGCCAUGUCAAGGAGGACGGGAGAAGGAAGAUGCUCGUCGAUAGCGUCCUUGAGCGCGACACAAAGAUUCCCCUACGGGACGGACUACACUUCUCGGAGGGCACUUAUUUCUUCUGGGGAGAACAAGAGGCCGAGGACAUUCACGACACUAUCGACUUCUUAUCCAAGCAGCCUUGGUGUAACGGUUCCAUAUGCAUGGGAGGAAACUCUUACCUGGCAAAAGCCCAAGUCAACUACGCCUCUAAACAGUCCCAUCCUGCCUUGAAGGCCUUGGCUCCAUGGGAAGGAUUCACCGACAUAUAUCGGCAGCUCUUUCGUCGUGGCGGGUUUGCCAUGCACAACAUCUUCGCAGCCGGCUAUCAGUGGGCCGUAGCUGGCAAGCACGAAGUUGAAGACAUAGCGAAGAUGAUCAAGACUCGACCAUUCUUUGACGAUUACUGGGCCGAUAAGUACGAUGAAGUAUCCAAAAUCGAUGUGCCACUCUACGUGCUAGCAUCUUUUAACAACCCGUUCCAUGUUCAGGGGUCAUUUGACACGUUUCGCCACGCACGUUCAACGAAGAAGUGGAUGCGAGUUCACAGCUCCUUUGAGUGGUAUGAGAUGUACGAGCCCAAGUCGAACAACGACCUGCAGAGAUUCUUCGAUCGCUAUUGCAAAGGAAUAAUGAAUGGUUGGGAGUCAGAUACUCCCCCAGUACGACUGUCUAUCUAUGGAGUUGGGUCCGUUCCAAAUGUUGUCGAGAGACCAGAGACCGAGUUUCCACUAGCCCGACAACGACUGGAGACGUUCUAUCUUGACGCUGCGACCAAAACCCUUCACAGCUCUCGCAGGGACAGCGAAUCCUCUAUCUCACACGAGAGCCAUGGCUUUGAUGCUCCUUCAUCUGACUUCAUCGUCAAGUUCAGCGAAUAUACCGAAGUUGCCGGUUACGCCAAGGUCCGCCUCUGGAUGUCCUGCAAAGAGAAAGAUGAUAUGGACGUUGUCGUUCAACUUCGGAAGAUCGACAACAAGGGGAACCUUCUUGCAGGACUCAAUUUCCCAGCUCCAGUGCCAGAAAGCGAGGCGCCGGAAGCCGAAACAGCUAAGACUUAUGGCCCCCAGGGGUUUCUGCGAGCGUCAGCAGCAGCAUCUCGCGACAAGGCACGGUCGAGUCCCGAUGGACAAGAAGUCUUCUAUAGACAUGAUCGUGAGGAUAAGAUUGCACCGGGGACUGUUGUCCCCCUGGAUAUCACCUUGUGGCCUAUGGGAAUGGUUUUCGCGGCUGGUGAAGGAAUCAUGCUUCGAAUCGCUGGACAUUUCCUUAGCGCGCCUGUCGUUGAGGCGAUGAAGCCUAAGGCGACUGAUGACGAGAAUAUAGGCCAGCACCAUAUUCACACAGGAGGGAAGUAUGAUUCUAGUCUUAUACUUCCCGUUGUUGGGAUUAGUAGGGCGUGA